AUGGACAACGCCGGGCUGCUCGCCGCCUGCCUCGCCACCGUCGUGGCCUACCUGCUCGCUGGACAUCGAUUGGUGGGUGCCGCCGACGCUCGCUGGCGCCACCUUCGUCUCAUCGUUCCCAUUGGCCGGAGAGCCAAACACGUGGGGCUCGCCGUCGCGUUGUGCCUUCACGCGGCGGUCCUCCUCUCGUCCUUCACCACCAGCAGGGACCUCGCGAUGCACCUCCACAACACGGAGGCGAAGCUAACGCGCAUGGAGCAAAUUAUCCAUGACAUAAAGUUGCUGACCUACAAACUCGCCAAAGCCGACGGCACGCCAAACUCUGAAUUCACUGUCGCAGUGGAAGAUGAUCUCCAGCCAGGUGAAACCAUGGAUCAGGAGUUUCCCAGCAUUAGUGAUGGCCCGGAGGAUGCACCGAUACCUGAUCAGCAAGACGAAGCAACGGAACCACACAAGCCAUGGAGAUUCAUCCCGGUGCCCGAAGGCCACGUCUUUGUGCCAGAAUGCGUCGGCGACGAGCUCAUAGUGCACAUCCGGCCGUCCUCGCAAAGUGACUCCGAGCACGGCGCCACCGUUGACGCCGACCAACAGCUCCCCUUCACCCGCGGAUAUCCGGAGGCGGGAACGCCGUCCUUUUACGACGGCGGUCCUUACCGCGCGCUGUUCUGGUCGCUGCCCGAGCUUGACGACCAAGGCCCAAAAAACGUCUUGCCGUUACCAUGGUCGCGGUCGGAGAUGUGGGGCAGGCUGACGGCGGCGGCGCUGGAUGGGACUUGGGCCGUAAACCCCCCGAUUAUACACGAACAUGCGUUACCUGAGUCCGUGACGCUCUCCACCGACGUGGUGAUGUUCUACCGGCCGGACCCGGAGGCUGGGGGAACGAAUGUGAUGAUUGCUGCAAUCGAGGAUGUGGAGCAUGUAUAUAGCAUGGAGGAACAUGGCGGCCCGGCGGUAACCGCUCUCACGCCGCACUCUAUUCUUCCCACUUAUUCUGGACUUCCCUAG